CGCGCCGAAUGCUUCAAUCCCAAGAUUCUUCCAGCUAUGCUCUUCCGUUGCCUCGUUCCCGCAGAAGCAACUGCGUUGAUAGUGGGAGAGGAUGGCAUCGCUCGACAGAUAGAAGAAUCCAGCACUUGUAGUGCCUCCAUCUCUGUUUCAGAUGAAGGUGAUACUCCUGGGUUGAGUGAUCGUAUAAUCACGAUCAGGGGUGACCAGAAGCAUGGAGAGGUUGCUUGCAAGAUGAUCAUUGAGCGGCUUUACGCAGCCCAAGAGGUUGCAGCUGGUGACCAGGGCAUUUUCGUUCUGUUGGCACCUGACACAUUUCCAGAAAGUGAAGAUUUGCUGCAAAAAGUCAUGGAUACUUCCGGUGCAGAUGUCCAUUUAGAACUUGAUGCCGUCGCUGGCACGGAUGAUCGCGCCAUUCAAAUCGUCGGCGGCUUUGAUUCUACAGUGGCAGCAGUUUUUCAGUUAGGAGCCUUGAUGGCUUUAAACCAUGGAGAUGAUGGAUUAGACUGUGAAGACGAAGCUCAGCUUGAGGCAACCUACUUUCAGCAAGCGGUGGGAUUUGAAAAUGCUGAUGACCGGCAAAGUGGCUCAACUCCGAAGGGUCCGAAGGGUGAGGAACGUCCAACGUCUCCGAAGGGCGAGGAAAAGAUAGCCUUACCGGAAGCGGUGGAUGCAGAUGCGGUGGACGUGGUGAAUGCAGAGGAUGCGGAGCCAGAGGAAGCGGCCUUGCUGCUGGAGGCUGUUCCUUCAAAAGCACCACCAGACUCACCAGAAGUUUUAGAGACUGAGCCUUUAGAAGAAGGACAACCAGGAGAAGUUGGAGCAGUGGAAGGUGCCGAAGAAAGCCAAGAAAUCGAGUUCUUGGACGGUGAUGAAAUUGAAGAAGUGAAAGCAGUUGCACCAGAUGCCGGGCCUCGUAGAAAGCACAUGUCAGUUCGCUUUGCUGUAUCAGCCGGCGUGGCUGCUUGGGUUGUCGGCAAAAAGGGACAAUCAAUUACCAAUUUGCGCAGUCGCAGCAAGGCCAAGAUCGAGGUGUCAAAUGACGGUUCUGCUUAUAGAGCCAUUGACAUCAAUGCAGAUGAAGAUGCAGUCAUGUUGGCCAUUGAGUUGUUGCUCGAACAGGUGUCAAAGUUGCCAGACGGAUGCCCCGAAUUUGUCAGGAUUGUGUUGCCACCCAACAGUGCUGGAUACAUCAUCGGCAAAGGCGGUGAGACCAUUAAGGAGCUCCGUCGCGUCUCAGGAGCAGAGUUGGAUCUCGACAAAGAUAUGGGGUCGGAAAAACUGCUCAAGAUCCGUGGAUCUCAGAAAGCCAUGACUCAUGCAGCUCAGUUAGUUGCACAACGUGUGGCUGAAGUGACUGGAGAUAGGCAGGCUCGCUCCGAGUUUGAGAAGCUGCAAGCCUUGCUGACAGAGACCGACCACGUGGAAGUUAGUUUGACCAUGUUGAUUUCAGCAGAUGCUGUCAACAAAGUCUCAAGGGCACGACUUUAUGAAGUGGAGCGUUUGACCGGGUCUCACAUUGAAGUCGAUGGCCUUGGAGGUCGAACUUCAGGGUUGCAGCAGCUCCAGAUUAGUGGCACUCGAAAUGGAAAUGCAAUGGCCAUUUUUCAUUUGCAAGAGAUUUUCGCGGAACAUUUGCGAAGCACUGUGAAAGGUCCAGGCCAGGCCAGCCAGGUAGGCCCAGAGCGGAGGAAUGCCCGCAGCAAGAGUGCUCCACGUUCCAAUCGCCCCCAGAAUCGUCCCUCUAGCCGAGGGCCUCAAGUUCGAGCAAGGGGGCGAGGUGUGAGUCGCCAAUGAGCCGUCAAUGUCAAGAAAAAAGCCGAGCGGCCGGAUGCGGCCGGAUGCGGCCUUUGAAGACUGAGAGGUACUAUGAACAAGAUUCCUGAAGUACCAUGAAGUACCCUUUGCCUUGUCUUGUAGAGAUUCCUGAUGGUCCCUUCAUCUCCAUCUUCAGGCGAUGGCAGCCGCAUCCCAGGCAGAGAGCCUGAACCCUGUGA